AUGGCCACCAUCGCAGCAUCUACCGCCGCAGCGGCUGGCCUGCUGUACUAUGCCGACCAACGCGUCCUGGGCAUCAGCCGCGACCUACAAUACUACCGCGGCGAGCAAAACUUUGCGAAACGCAUGCCCGGCUUCAUCAACAAGGUCGGCCCCCAAUCUCCCCAUCUGUACCGCAUGUUGGAGCUGGCCGACCCAAAUGCCGAUGCACUGUAUUUCGAAGGCCGGAGCUGGAACUAUCGCGCCUUCAAGGCCAAGGUCGAUGAGAUCGCGCUGGGUCUGCAUGAGAGUCUGGGCGUCAAAGACGGGGAUAUCGUCGCCGUCUUCAUGACGAAUUCUCCCGAGAUGGCCUUCACCAUCUUGGCCCUGACGAGGCUCGGUGCGGCGCCUGCGCUGAUCAACAACGCUCUUCGAGACGAUACGCUGCUUCACUGCGUGCGGCUGCCGAAUUCGAGCCUGAUACUAUCCACCCCGGAUCUGGCUCCCCACGCGGCGUCCGCGGCGAAGUCAUUAGGCGGGAGUAUCAAGACCGUGAGCCUGAACGUGGGCACAUUCCGCCCGACGCCUGUAUCUGACGGCAGUAACACCAUCAUCGACUUCCCUUUUCCCGAACCAACAACGUCGGCAAUCCUCCCACCCACGCCACCAAAAAGUGUCGGCUCUGUCGCAGCAUUGAUCUACACGUCCGGCACGACGGGGAAGCCCAAGGCCUGCAGUGUGAAGAACGGCCUCAUCCUCGGCGUGUCGUGCACCUCGUCGCCGGACGCCGCGAACCCGAAGAAAUACCUUCAAGGCCUGCGCAUCUACUCAUGCAUGCCCCUCUUCCACGGCACGACUUUCUUCGCCGGCUUCUGCUACUCGAUCAGCCAGGCCGGCUGUUUCUGCCUCGGUCGCAAGUUCUCCGCCCGCAACUACUGGAAGGAGGUGCACGAGAGCCGGGCCACGCGCGUCCUGUACGUCGGCGAACUGUGCCGCUUCCUGUUGGCCACUCCGCCCUCACCCUACGAUCGCAAGCACCACGUCAUCGUCGCGGCGGGCAACGGCCUGCAAAAGGACGUGUGGGUCGACUUCCAGAAACGGUUCGGCGUGCCCGAGGUGCGCGAGUUCUACCGCUCCACCGAGGGCCUCGUCAAGUUCGACAACAUCCACCGCGCGGGUCGCCCCGGUGCGGGUAAGGUGGGAUAUCUGGGCAUGCUAAGGAAGCACGUCCUCGACAAGGACCAACAUAUUAUCCGCUUCAACUACGACACGGAGCAACCGGUGCGGGAUCCCAAGACCGGGUUCUGCCAGGUCGCGGCCAAGGGCGAGCCCGGCGAGGCCAUCGCGCGCAUCCACAACAUGGCGACAUACACGGACUAUCACAACAACAAGGACGCGACGGAGCAGAAGCUGCUCCGUGACGUCUUCGAGAAGGGAGACCUGUGGCAGCGUUCAGGGGAUCUGCUCGUCCAGGAGCACGACAACUGGGUCAAGUUCGUGGACCGCAUAGGCGACACGUACCGCUGGAUGGGCGAGAACGUCUCGGCGGGCGAAGUCCGCGCCUUUCUCUCCGAGUUGCCAGGCGUCAAGGACGCCGUCGUCGUGGGGAAACGACUGGGCAAGUACGACGGACAGGCGGGCACGGCGCUGAUCGUACUGGAAUCGGACGGCACGAACGAGAAGGCAGGCGAAAAGGCCUUGAUGGCGCGGCUGUUCAGGGAUUUGAGGGCCAAGGGCGUGCCGCGGUAUGCCGUGCCCAGGCUCGUGCUGGUGCGGAACGAGCUCGUCGACGUGGGCGACACGUUCAAACACGCCAAGGUCGUGGUCAAGAACAUCGAGUGGGGGUCCGAGGACCCGAGUGGGAGGACGAGGAAGUACUAUCUCGAUAUGGACAAGGAGCCUGUCUUUAGAGAGUUGGAUGUGAAUAGUUGGAAGAGGAUCGAGGAGGGGAAGGCGAAGUUGUGA